AUGGCUCCAGUUGCUGUUACGCCUGUCUCUCCGCCAUCUCCCACCCUUGACGAUACUUCUAAAUUGACCAAGGCUGGCACGGCCGCAAUACUUGAGAAGACUGCCUCUAACAGCCGUCGAGUUGCAGAGCUAGAUGCCUCGAAACUGACCAUUACCCGCAACCUCAACCCCAAGAAUGUGCCGGUGGCCAACUCGCCAGAAGUCUGGUCGCAGAGCUGCACGACGGAUCAUAUGUUGACCGCUCGCUGGACGGAGAAAGAUGGAUGGGAAGCCCCCGAAAUCCGACCUUACGGGCCGCUGUCCAUCAUGCCCACGGCAUCCGUCCUGCAUUAUGCCACCGAGUGCUUUGAAGGAAUGAAGGCAUACAGAGGCGUGGAUGGCAAGGUCCGCCUUUUCAGGGCCGACCGCAACGCAAGACGAUUCUUACAAUCAGCAACUCGGAUUGCGCUGCCCAGCUUCCCGCCAGAGGAAUUUGUCAAGUUAUUGAAGAAGUUCGUCGGCGUCGAGGCAAGCAAAUGGAUCGCCGAGCCAGAGUCUUUCAUUUACAUUCGACCAACCAUGAUAGCAACGGCACCUGCUCUCGGUGUACAGAGACCCAAGGAGGCAUUGAUGUAUAUUAUCAUGGUCAUGUUCCCAUCUUUAGACGACCCGAGCUGCAAACCCCCUUCUUCUGUCCCUGCGCAGCCCACAGCGCGCGACACCACCGGUAAUCAAUCUGAGUCGAAACACACAGCCUCGAAGGGGAUGCGCCUCCUUGCUUCCCGGCACGACAUGAUCCGAGCCUGGCCGGGGGGAUUUGGCAAUGCGAAAGUCGGGGCGAACUACGGACCGUCGCUCGUCGCGCAGGGAGAAGCACGGGCCAGGGGUUAUGAUCAGAUUCUGUGGUUGUUUGGGAACGAGUGCUUCGUCACUGAAGCAGGCGGUUCCAAUUUCUUCGUGCUGUGGGACAACAAGCAAACCGGACGGAGAGAGCUCGUCACCGCACCGUUGGAAGACGGAGUCAUUCUGGAAGGCGUCACGCGCGCGUCGGUACUGGAACUCGUCAGAUCUGGGGCGAUCGGCGGCGGCAAUGUGGAUGUGGUGGAGAGGAAAUUCACCAUGCAUGAACUCAUCGAGGCCCAGAACGAGGGAAGACUCCUCGAGGCGUUUGGAGCCGGCACGGCCUUUUUCAUCUCCCCCGUGCAGGAUAUUCAUUUCCGAGGUUCAGAUCUUGUCCUACCGCUGGGACGGGAAGGGCAGGAGAACGGUGUCGAUGUCGAGACCAACGGAGCCAGCUUUGCCAUGGCCGUCAAGCAGGCCCUGAAGGACAUCAUGUAUGGCCGACGGGAGCACGAGUGGGGUGUGGUGAUCGAAGAGGAGAAAGAGAGACGUGCUUUUGAAUGA